AUGUUUAGAAAAGCCAAAAUAGAUCAGAAAAGUGUAUAUAAAGGGAGGCUGAUCACCUCCGAAAAGGGGGAUAAUCUGGAGGAUGCUUCCGUCACAUCAUCAAAAUCACCAUCUUCAGAUAUCCCCAACCAGAUCUCUAAUCAAUCUUAUAAACAACCACCACAAUCGUCGCCGAAAAUACAGGAACUACUACCGCAAUCACUGAUAUCGCUAUCGCCAACACUAUCAACCUCGAAGAUCAUGAAUAUGGCAACAGACUAUAGAGACCCAUUACUAGACUUGCUUGGACCCUCCAUGGACAACCUGCACGCUUCAGUCGAUGAUAUACAAAUGAUAAAUCGGAACGGAAACAUCAACAACAAUAACAUCAACAACAGCACCAACAAUAAUAACCACGGGUUUGGUUCAAAUCACCAAUUAUUUCAACAACAUUUCCCUCACAUGUCACCAGGAAGUUUUGGUAUCGACUUGAAUCAAAGUCAAAACUAUAACGAAACCCAGGGACAAGGGUAUGGACAAGCUAAAGCGCAAGGACAAGGGAAUGGUCGCGGUCAAAAUGGCGCCAAUGCACCACAAACACCUGUGUUGAAUCAUCAACAAUACUAUAGUACCAACUUUGACUUUGGCUCCCCAAACCACAUCAGCAACUUUGAGAAAAUCCAGGAAUUGGAACAAUCUCCACCUCAACAAGUUAAGAAACCAAGUGUGCAUGUUCCUUCAUCUACUGAUGGCUCAUUAUCAGCAGACCAAGACUUUGAUUUACAAGUAUUCAACAAAACAAACCCAUCACUGUUUUACAAGGAAAUGUCGCUUCCACCUUUACCACCACUAUCUGAAUCUGUGUUGCCUCGCAACUACAAACCAUUGGAUAUCGCCCAAGUACACCAAGAACUUUCCAAACCACAACAGCCUCAAAUACAGGCACAUGCAAGUAACAAUCACAAUAAACGCAGGAAACAAGAGGCGGGGCCAAAAACUAGGCCAGCAUUUGUGAUGAAGAUUUGGUCCAUGGUCAAUGACGAAGCCAAUAAGGAAUACAUUAGAUGGAAUGAUGAUGGUAAAACUUUCCAGGUUUUUCACCGUGAGGAUUUCAUGAAACUCAUCUUGCCCAACUAUUUCAAACACAACAAUUUUGCAAGUUUUGUUAGACAGUUGAACAUGUAUGGGUGGCACAAAGUUCAAGAUAUUAAUAAUGGGACCAUGAACCAAAACUGUGAUAGGCAUGGCAACGGUGGUCAAGAUGAGAUUUGGCAAUUUGAGAAUCCGAACUUCAUUAGGGGCCGCGAAGAUUUGUUAGACAAAAUUAUAAGAAACAAGAGCACACCAGGACAGGACGACGCGCAGGACGCCCCAGUUACAAAUGCUAGUCUCUCGUUGAUCCUCUCUGAGUUGGAAACCAUCAAGAUGAAUCAGUAUGCUAUUACGGAAGAUUUGAGACGGGUUAGACAUGAUAACAAGGUGUUGUGGCAGGAGAAUUAUCUCAAUAGGGAGAGGGCUCAAAUGCAAGCUAGGACGAUGGACAAGGUGCUCAAAUUUUUGGCAGCUGCUUACGGCAAUGGCAACAAGCUUUUGGAUACUCAAAAUCACCCGUUGGCGCAUUUCCCACAAUCAGUAAGGAACUCACCUAUGCUUCGUAGAGCACAAACACAUACUCAAUCACAAGGUCCGCAACAACCUACUGACUUAAAUGCUUCACUCGAUUCUAAUAUUAUUAAUAAUAAUAGCAGUAACAACAAUAACAAUCACAACAACAUCAAUAACAAAAGCAGCCACCAACAGCAAACCCAUACAGAAGAUCACAAUUCACCGGUCUAUCAAUCUCCCUCGUCGUCAGAAGCGCUGUAUCAACAAAUGCAAUACAAGCCUAGAUUACUUCUCACAGACCAAGCACAUGCACGCAGGCCUUCUGUUAGCAGAACGCAAUCCUCUCCAGCCUCGAUUGAAGAAAUUUUCAGGUCGCACAAUAAGGCCAGAUCAAAUGAAUCCAACUUGAAGAAUAUGUAUCAGCAUUUGGUAAAUCAGGAUCCCGCGACAUCGCCACAUCCAUUGUACACGGAUUUAACUAUACCAACCAAUCCAGCGUAUGAUAGUAUGGAGACACAAUUGAAGAAUUCUGGACAGUCUAUUGAGCAAGUGCAGGAUUGGAUAGAGAAAUUGAGUCAGCAACAAGAAUUAGCUCAAAAAGAUGGCUUACAUCUUGAUGCAAAAUCGAAUGGUUCAAAUAAUGGGGUUGAUCCUAGUGUUAGUGCGGGUGCUAGUACAGGUGCUAGUACAGGUGCUGAUUUUGCUUCUGGUGCAAACCCCGCUAAUAGUGAUCACAAUGAUAUAUUAGCUCACGACCCAACGUUGGACCAUUUCAAUAUUGAUGAUUACAUUCAGAAUGGAAGUCCCGCACCUGCGCCAGGUUUUCUAAACACUAGUGCCGUUAAUGGAUUUUCUUCUCCGCAACCGGAGCUGGCCCAAUUGCUAAAUGGAUAUGCGAAUCCACGCCCCUCGAGUAAAAAAAGAACGAUCCAUGAGAUCUAUGAUGGAACAGAGGAGGAAGAAGGAGAAGAAGAAACAAAGUAA